UGUUUUGAAUUGUGUUUAAAAAGCUGCAGCAACACAUCAGCAGACAUGUCCACACUGUUCCCCUCUCUGGUCCCUCGGAUCACUGACACCCUCUGGUUUAACCUGGACCGUCCCUGUGUGGAUGAGACCGAGCUACACCAGCAGGAGCAACAGCACCAAACCUGGUUGCAGAGCAUCGCUGAGAAGGACAACAACUUGAUGCCCAUUGGGAAACCUAUUUUUGAGGCUGGAUAUGAUGAAGAGGAAGAGGAGGAUGAUGAGGAUGAGGAGGACAGCGAGGAAGACUCAGAAGAUGAAGAAGACAUGCAGGACAUGGACGAGAUGAACGAUUACAACGAGUCGCCUGAUGACGGCGAGAUAAACGAGGUGGACAUGGAAGGUGCAGACCAAGACCAAGACCAAUGGAUGAUUUAAGAAGAAAGACUUUAUUUAGUCUCCAUGAAGCUGUCUGGCACCUGGUUCCUUCUCAGCAGUUACAAACCUGACUGCUCACACAAAUAUAUAUUUUUUUAUUUGUGAAAAGAGGAAAAAAAGAAUAUAGUUGAAUCAAAGCUUGCACCCUGAAGGUUUGAGUCAGUUCAGCACAGAUGUCGAGUGUUGAGCUGCGUGUGAUCUUCCCUGAAAGCUCGAGGACAUUAGUGGACGUUGCUUAGAGUGUUGCUAACCUGAUCACUCACACACACACACACACACACACACACACACAC